AAUAGUAUUGGAACCUUCAGUCGAGGAAGAUCAAUGGAAGAGUAAACAAAGUGCGGAAUCUCUCUUGUCAUUUUUUCGGGAUAUUUUUUUCCAGGGGCGGUUACUGUUGAAUGUUGGAAUAGAGGCUGACAGUACAUGGAGUGGUAUGGCGAGUGGCGGAGGGGACAGGCUGCGAAUGGUGACGGCGGUGGACCUGCGACACAAGAUGGAUGCCCUCGUGUCUGACCUCUCCCACGCUCUGGAUGAGUCUCAGCUGCCCCAGUACCAUCGCAAGAGGAGGGGGUUCAAACGACGUGCCAAGCUGGCCAAUAAUCUUAGCUUGUCUAGCUCCCAUGCCCUUAGCGAAGACUCCUCCAGCAGCAUCGGCGAAGUCCUCCUCUCGCAGGACAACAAAUCCUCGAUCCCGCUCACUGACUCGGAUGACAUGAGCCCGCCCCCAGAGCCCCGGCUGCGCACCCAGCUCCUCACCCACCACCGCGCGACGUCCAACCUAGUCGAGUCCGACUCCGUUAAUGAGAACUUCUCCCCUGUCCGACCCCACAACAGGAGUGUCAACCCUUUUUUGUGUAGGAAGAGAAAGUGCAAGAGGUUAGCCCUGGACCCAGAUGUCCCCUCCACCUCCGCCACCACUCCUCAGGCCGCAGGACCACCCCCCAUGGGCAAACCCACAGCCAUUGCCUCAGCCAUCCUUGCUGGCUCAUCCACCAAUAGGAAGAAGAAGGUCCUCAGGCCAUCUCCGGACUCAGAGAACAGAUACCUCGCUAUUUCGGCAGGGAAACGCAAGCGAGGGCGUGAGCGCAGCGUGGAGUGGUGUGCGGGUCAACAGGUUUCGGGGGGUCGGCGUCACGGGUCCUCUUCUAGUCACUACCACAGCCUCCGGGUUCACCGCACCUCGACGCAGACCAGCAACGAAGACAGCAUGGAGUACGAUUAUUCUGAUGAUGCCAACAUGGAGCAUAGCAGCAGUGAGAGCAGUACAGAGAGUGAGGCGGGCAUCUACACUUGUGAUGAAGGACGUGAGGCUGAUGAUGAGCAGAGUGACUGGUUUGCUGAGCCUGAUCCAGUCUAUGGGGUCCCUGGCUCAGCUAACCCUACCAGGCAGAGGGCUGCGUCUAACCGCCUUUCGUGGUGGAAUGAGAAUGAGUUCAGUCUUUCGUCUUCAGCCAAGGCUCUGUUCAAAGAGAGGUAUGAGAAAAUGUCCGUGGAGAACCAGCAAGCCUGCAGACUCAGGUUCCAAAAGCUGAGAGAGAGGCUUCUGAGACGGGAAAUACGUGCUGGAAGAAGGCGAAUCAGGGACCGAAAGCCAGGGUUUAGCAUCGUGUCGUCGGUUAAUGAUAAAGUCUCAAGAUUUCUACAGGAUCCCACUCAGUCGGAGCUCCGUCUGCGUCCCAUGACGGACAAGGACCGCGACCAGCUUAAUCAUCUGGCUGACCUCUACUCUCUGACGGUGCGGGGCGGAGACAACCACUCGGCUCCCAUACUCACCAAGACAAGAAACACAAUUACGAAGCAAAGGCUCGAGGUGGAUAGUGAGGUAAUGGCAUGUGAGGGAGCCUUCCCAGGAGGCUUGCCGGUACCGUUGAGUGACAUGAAGAGACGCCGCCGCACCCCUCCCCCUCCUCCCAACAACCUGACAGAGGGCAGCAAUGAUUCCGUUGAGAGUGUCUUCAACAGCGCUGGAAUUUCAGGGACUUCUUUUCGACCUCCGGUGCCCACCGUGAGUUGGGAUGAUGACCUAGGAGACUGUUGUGCUGAUUCCCUUUCAGAGAGAUUGGCAGACUCCGAACCCGACCCCCUGCCAUCGCCGACGUCUCUGGGCCUCCACGACUGUACUUUAUAGUCACAUUUGUUUAAUGGCAGCUGCUUUUUUAUUUUAUUUAUUUUAUUUAUUAACUAAUUUUGAGGCAGCAUCAAACUUCCUUGUGUCAUCCCCAUGAUUACAAGCCAAGCAUUUUGAUCUCCACUUUUUCUUUUUUAAAUAUCUUUCUUCUUUCCUUCUUUGUAUAUUUUUUGGUAAUCGGAACAUUGUUAAGGAUGGGAAAGGAACAGUCACAUAAGCCUUAUGGCUGAAAGGAUAUGUCAAACAGGUACCCUCCCUCUCUAAAGAAGUGUAUGAGAUACACUCCAAUUUUAUUUAAUCCAGUUGCCCCAUUCCUCCUUUGUCGAGGUUACCGAGGGGCAGAGGUUUUCCCACAGCCACUCCCUUUUGGUUCUUCCCCUUCACUUCCCUCUUUCCUUUCCCAUUGCCAUCCCACCUGAAGAAAGAAAGUUGUAUAUUUUUUAAGAGAAUAUAUGGAAAUAAUAGAGUAUAUUGAUUAGUUACCAGACUUUUUUCAUGAUUUAUACAAGAGAGAAAAAAGAAGUGAAAAAACGAUGAAGUCAUGGCUGUACAUACAUUUUCAUACCAAGUUUACUGACGAGGAAUUGCCACUCACACAUUCUAUGCUUUUGACGGAAAGUCUUUAAAUACUGCAGUCUCCCCCUCUUUCCUGUGUGUAAUUACCCUGCUUUUAAUAUUAUUGAUAGUAAUAACUCUUAUUUAUUGUAUAAUACUAUUAUUUAUUUCAUAUAUUUUUAUUGCCUAUCAUAUACAGAUGCAACACGCUGUGGGUUUUUACAUUGAGGUUUGUCAGUAUCUUGAUUGAUGCAAGUUUUGGGAUUUUCAGUAUCUUUGAAUAAAUUCCUUGUGCUAUUUGUCUUUGGCCGCUAUCUCUUGCUCUCUCUUUUUUUUUUCAUUUAUAUUUGAGUGUAUGACUCAACAAUGUGUUAAUGUUUGGCAUUUCACAUUUGAGCAGGAGUUAUUAUCACUUCAAAUUUGAAGAAAUUAUUGUCAAGAGAAAAUUUUGGUUUUGGAGAGCCUCUUUAUUGCAGCAAUCCUCGUGUACACUGCCAUAUAUAUAACAUUUUCUACAAGAUCUGUUACAGUUUUGCAAAAAAGAUGAAAUUAAAUAGAUUUUGCAUUGAUGCAUACAUGCUGUUGACUGGUAAUGUAUGGUACAUCUUUGAUAAGUAUGUACAUGGGUGUUUGUAAAUAUAUAUGUGUUUGGCAGUAUGUAUGAGUGUGUGGAAAGCAAAAAAAGGAGUUGUGUGUGAUAGAAAGUGUAUUAAAGUCCAGAUUAUAUUACAAAGAAUUUCCAUAAAAUUGUG